AUGGCGCAUCCCAACGGACAGGCUUAUUACGGCCAGCCCAGCAACCCCCCAGUCUCACGACCAUCGUCAGGUCGCUAUGAAAGCUAUGCACCCCAACGCAAUCCCACACAGAGCCAGCAACAACCUAGGCGAAUGCCCAGCUUCAACAGCGGCGACGAUUCGCAUCUCUUCAAUGCCGCUCGGACACACAAUACAAGAGCGACCGAUGCUAACGCCCAAUACUCUGUGGGCAGUGCACAGGUGGGCGGCGGUGGACAAGGGAGCUACAAUUCAGCAUACGGGGUCUAUGAAGAUGGCGUGAACACUGGAUACGCUGGGUUUUCGCAACCAUCCUCUGAUAUGUCGCGUAUGUCGCCCACCCGCGCAGCAUCGCAGUCCGCCGCCAUGUCGUACCAAUACCAAUCCGUGAAUCAACCUGCCUAUAAUCCGCAACAAUAUGCCCUACCGCAAUCCCAAACACAACCGAACCUCAGCUAUAAUCCCUCAUCCUACGCUUCCAACAAUGCCUACUCCACCAGCCCUGUCCCUAGCCAUCAACCAUACAACCCAGCGGCCUAUCAACCGGCCGCAGUUGCUAGCCUGGCCUCUCCAACAAUUGCGCGCCGGCCGAGUGAGGCCUCGCCGUAUGGACAAGCUCCUCCGACCCCACAAUCAUACGGAUUUCCUUCCCAGAUACCUCCAAUACCUCCGCCUCGUGCUCCAGAUCAUCCUUAUGGAGGUCGGUCUCCGUACGGGUCAUCACCUGGCGCAUCAAGCCAGCAGUCUACGACGGCCGCCUCUCCUGCCUAUCAGCCAGUCACAUCACCGAUACCAACAUCAUACGCGACGUCGAACUCUCCAGCCGGCAGUUAUCUACCCCAGACCUACCUGCCCGCAUCCCAUGGCUUCGGAACCGAUUCUCCAUACCCCUCCCUUCCGCCAAUGAACAGCCACUUCGAUGAUCAACCCCCCGCGCCUCCAAUGCAUCAACCACAGACCAACGGAAUUUACAGCAAGCAACCUAGUUUGUCCCAUGCUGGCCGCUCUCUCCCACAACCACCUCCGCGACGAACGGAUACUUUGACGAGACAUCCGCAAGCUAGACCUCUCCCGGGACCGCCAGUUGACACCGAACCGGAUACUUGCACCAGCGAUGACAUGUUAAAGGAAAUUGACAAUGCGAUGACAAGCUUCUCCGACAUGCGCUUAUCGCCAGAUAAGCUGCAGAGCCACACUAAUUGCGACGAGGAUUUUGACCCAGAGGCCGAGGCUGGCUUAGCUAUGAUGCAGGAGGCAGAGGAACAAGAGAGGGCUCGGGAAGAGCACCAGCGAGUGCGUCUGGAGGGACGGAAUCGGCGCGUAACGGAUGCUUCCAUUAGGAGCUUUCACUCGCGCGAGUCCUAUACAUCCAAUAGAGAUCCUUCUCCUCAUGCCGAGGCACCAGAAAACCCAUUCGUCGGCCAUGACUUGGGGGCUUAUGAGGGGGGGUAUCAAGGAAACAUUCAUUACGGUGAUGAAAACCUAUACAGCCCCGAAGAGUAUCUGGACCCUGCCAGUGGUGGUGGUCUGACAGGCCGGUCGGACUCUUUCAGGAGCUCUGACAUGUCUACAGAUGAACGAGGGGAUUUCGUCGAACGAGGUGAUUACGAAGAAUACGAACACCCGCAGAUUGCUUAUCAAUAUGCUGCUCGAAUGCAUCAUCUUCCCCCUAAUGCCCGUGUCGACGCGGGAGGAACAGGUGGGCUUGCUACCCCAGGAGAAUAUGGACGUCGAAUGAGUUGGGAUUAUGGCGAGGAAGGAGAAGGCUACGAGCAAGAAGAGGGCCAGUCUAGUGAAGAAAGUCCGCAUCGCGCAGCACACGAAGACCUGUUCUUCCACCCAGGCAUGCGCCCAUUACCGCCUGCUCCUGUCGAGCCAGCUGGAAACGUCGCACUUCACUCGCAUCUAAUGCCCGCUGGCACGUAUCGGCCACCAGAGCAGGAUGAGAUCCACACGCAGUAUAGAAACCCCCCCGUACCGGCGUCUGCGGACUCGUAUGGAGAGACCUUGCUCAGUCCAUCUCAAGUCCCGCGGUCGUCAUCUUUGUCGACCCCGAUUGGGCCCCGUACUGAUGCUCCUAUCAGAUCGAAGACCGAUGCGGACCGAGAAAAGUACAAGCAGCAGCAGGACUUUCUCUGGCAGCUCCAGAACAAAGACCUCCCCGAGGUUGAUCCAGCUGCGGCGGCUGCUUCUAUGGCUCUUGAUCUGCCAGAUAUCCCUGUUGGUCGUCGCAAGAAGUUCACUCCUGCGAAACUGUCAUCUGAACAGUUCAAGAAAUGCACUGAACCCUGGGCUCUUAGUUCCAUUCUUUCCUGGGUUCGGGACUUGAGUGAGGAUGAGAGCGAUCUUCGAGAGCAGGCUAUUGUUGAUGCCAUUGUGGCAUUGUUUACGCACAAGGUGCCAACCAUGAAUAUGGCAGAUGCCGAAACUCUCGCUGCUCGUGUAGGGAACUCUGUCUGGUGUGCUGUUCCAGAUCACUGGCACUGGCUGUUACUCGCCCAAGCUUCACGAGCAAGAAGUGCACAUCCAAGAUACCGAUUCCUUUGGAAGGUGCUAUUCUCACCACUGCAUGAGGACUUUGAAAAAGUCAACUUGAAAGCGCAGAUGAUGGCACCGCAAAAGAAAAUUGAGGAUUGGGUGACUUUCUACAAGGUUCCCAAGGAAACCUGGGAGUCAUACCCCAAAAAGGAGAUUGACCGCCAAAACAACUUGCACGAGAUUGUCACCACCGAAGAUGCCUACAUUGGCCAGUUGGAUGUUUUACGGGAGCUCUACCGUGACCAACUAGCCAAGAUGAAUCCUCCUAUCAUCCCUCCCAAACGCUUAUCCAAGUUCUUGUCUGAUGUGUUCGGUAAGGUCGACGCAGUCAAGAAGGUCAACGAAGAUUUCUUGCUGGCGCAGCUCAAGUAUCGUCAAAAGGAACAGGGUCCAUUCAUCGUUGGAUUCAGCGAUAUUUUCCGUGAAUGGAUUCGGAAAGCCAAGACCGUUUAUAUUGAUUACGCUGCCACGUUCCCGACUGCAAACUUCUACGUGCGCAAGGAAGCUGAACGGAACGUCCAUUUCAAGCAGUUUCUCAACCAGGUUCGCGAACACAAGCAAUCCAAUCGUCUUAGCUGGGAUACUUUCCUCAAGGCCCCGAUCACGCGAAUUCAGCGAUAUACACUUUUACUUGCCACUGUGCACAAGAAUAUGGUCAAGGAUUCCGAAGAAAAGUUCAAUGUCGCACAAGCCAUCGAGGAAAUCAAGAUUGUGGCCUUGGAGUGUGACAAUAAAGUUGGCGAGAUGAACAAGAAGGCCGACUUGAUUGAACUUGCAGCCAAGCUGCAAUUGCGACCAGAGAUGAAGAAGGAAGUUGAACUCAACCUCGAGCACCUGGGUCGGGAAAUUGUUUUCCGCGGCGAUCUCCAACGCCCUGGAACCCGGACCCGGUUCCUUGUGGACACCCAUGCCAUUCUCUUCGACCAUUAUCUCGUUCUUGCGAAAUCUUUUACCACACGAGACCCGUCUCGAACAAUUAAGUACGAACGGUAUGACGUGUCUAAGCUUCCCAUCCCGAUGGAUCUGCUGGCGCUGGAGAGUACCAAUGAUGAUCCUGUGGUCAAAUCAUCCAUGCGAGGUGUUGCAAAUGUUGCUCCUGCCCAAGCUGGUAUUAACCAUGGCGGCCCAGGAGCUGCCAUGAAUGGAGCUACGGCAAGCCUUGACUCCAAAGAUGAUAAGAUUCUUUACCCAUUCAAGAUCAAGCAUCUUGGAAAGAACGGCACUUAUAUUUUGUAUGCUUUCUCCGCCCAAAGCCGUGCUGAAUGGUGCCGGAAAAUUAUUGAGGCGAAGACAAAGCAUGCCGCAGCUUUGUUCUCGCAAAAUGCCGAGCCAUUCCGACUGCGCGUUCUUGCGGACACUGCAUUUGCCUAUAGUGAUCAGACUGUUGGCUCGAAGGGUGUUACCAUCAAGGGAACACCUCUCCACCGAGCAAUCAAGGGAGUCGAGAAGCAAUAUAAGGAUUCUGGGCCUCGGCCUACUCCAAUCUGCAGAACGUCGGUUAACUGUGCUACGGUCUUUCAGCAACCUCCUGGUCGGAUGAUGUGCGCAAUUGGAACCGACUAUGGAGUUUAUAUGUCUGAUGUCAGCAACCCUCGUGGUUGGUAUCGGGCAAUUCCCAUUAUGCGUGUUACGCAAAUCGCUGUGUUUGAAGAGUUCAACUUGUUCCUUCUUAUUGCCGAUCGCUCUCUUAUCGCCUAUCAUCUUGACGUGGUUUGCCCUGCAAAUGGAAAUAUAACUCAGUCGCAAGAUUCCGCUCGGCGGGCUCCACAAAAAUUGUCCGGCAACCGCGAAGUAGGAUUCUUCGCGGCAGGACGCAUGAAGGACCGAUACUUGGUCCUUUACAAAAAGCGUGACGGUCUCUCAUCUACCUUCAAGGUCCUUGAGCCCGUCAUUCAGAAGUCAUCAUCCAGCAAGAGUCGAUUGUUCCAAUCGCGGCGCUCACAAACCGAGUUUUUCCGUGAAUACGACGAAUUCUAUAUUCCCGCCGAAAGCUACGGCAUCAACAUGUUCCAUUCCUCUCUCGCCAUUUCAACCCAGCGUGGCAUUGAAGUCCUUACCCUGGACAAAAAGCAGUCCUGGUCCGUCCCUGAUUUCCGCUCUGAAACUACACCUGACGCCGUUGAUACGCUGCACGGCAUUGCCCACCGCAUCAAAGAUCUCCGCCCACUCGGCAUGUACCGGCUCAGUGAUAGUGAGUUCCUUGUUGCAUAUCAGGAAUGUGCUGUAUACGUCAACAAACAUGGUGACGUCUCGCGGAGUGUGGUCAUGGAGUUUGUGGGCAGUGCCCACACCGCCUGUCUGCACGGGAAGUUCCUGAUCCUUUUCAAUGACGACUUUGUUGAGGUUCGCAAUGCAAUGAAUGGUCGCCUAAGACAGGUCAUCCCCGGCCACAAUGUUGUUUGUCUUGACGAUGGCAGCAAGUUGCCCGGUUCCUUCGGCCAGGCUAAUGCAAGUGGCAUUAGUGCUCAAAGCAGCUUCAAUGGUGCCAAUGGCAUUUCGAUAAACCAGCACACUGUCAAGAUCUGCAUGCAGCACCCUGAUUAUGAACGCAGCCAAAUCGUCUUGGAGCUGGUGGAAAAUGAAGGACAAAAGGAUUGA